GAAAAAAGCCGACGUAAUCAAUGGGGGACAGCGCGAUCGGUCCAAGUUACCGUCGUUAAACGAUCGCGAGCUCCGCCUCCGCCUCCGCCUCCGCGAUCCGCCUCCGCCUCGAGCCCAAACCCACCCACCAACCCAACCCAAUCCCAUCGAGAGGAGGGGACGCGGCGGCGGCGGCGGAUCGGCGGCGGGGGAAGGAAGGGGAUGGGCGGCGGAGGCGGGGAGUAGGACGGCGUCGGCGGCGAGCGGCAGCGCGAGGAGGACGAGGAGGAGGAGGAGGCGAGGGGCACCAUGUCUGCGGUAGUCUGUGGCAAGAGGUCCUCCGCCAUCUUCGCCGACGACCUCCUCCCGCCGUCCCCUCCCUCUCCUCACUCCCACCACCAUCCGGCCAAGAGGUCCUGCCGCUCCCCUCACCGCCGCCGGGAGGCCCACCUCCACCACCUCUCCUCCUUGUUCCCGGGCAUGGAUCCCCAGUUGCUCGAAGGAGCUCUUGAUGCUUCUGGAGAUGAUUUGGAUUCAGCAAUAAAGAGUUUAAACAAUCUGCGCUUGGAGUCUACAGAGGCUAUCUUAUCAGCUACUGGUUGCAAAUCUGAAAAUGGGCUCCCCACAGCAGUUUAUCCGUCUGUUGAAGGUAUUGUUAAUAAUGGUGGUGUGAGUACAGCUAAUGAACACCCAGCUGCUGCAGAUAGUUGCCAGACAGGUAAUAAUGGUUCUGAAUGGGUUGAGCUAUUUGUCAGAGAGAUGACAAAUGCAUCUGACAUGGGCGAUGCGCGUGCUCGCGCCUCAAGAGCUUUAGAAGUUUUGGAGAAGUCAAUCGUGGAGCGUACAGGAGCUGAUGCAGCACAAAACUUGCAAAAGGAAAAUAUGAUGCUUAAGGAGCAAUUGACCGUCGUGCUGCGAGAGAACGCUGUCCUCAAGCGAGCGGUCGCCAUUCAACAUGAGCGCCAAAAGGAGUUCGACGAGAGGAGCCAGGAGGUUCAGAGUUUGAAGCAACUUGUUGUGCAGUACCAGGAGCAACUGAGGACCCUAGAGAUAAACAACUAUGCGCUGACGAUGCAUCUGAAGCAGGCUCAGCAGAACAACUCCAUCCCCGGGCACUUCAAUCCUGACGUCUUCUAACUUUUGCCGCAAGACGGUCUGUCCAGAAUAAUAAUCUCUGAAGAUGUCAUGUGUUGUUGGUGGGAAAUGAAUAAUAAUCUCUGAAGAUGUCAUGUGUUGUGUUGUUGGUGGGAAAUUGCCUACUGCCUCUGCGAUAGGAGAUCAAAAUUGUCGUGUUAUUACACCGUUGAAUUUACCAUCAAACUUGUUUAGACUAAAUCACCAGGGGGGAGAGCUUCCCCACCUGAAUUUUGUCAUUGCAUAGAGGAUGAAAAGUUCAUUACAACAUAUUUAGAGUUUGUAGUGGGGAGGAGAAAAUUUCUUUCCAAA